AUGAAAAAUUGGCCUAUAGAUGAGGAUAUAAAUAUUUAUGAAGAAAAGAAUCAUACGAAUAACAAAAAUUAUGUUAAUAAUUUUGAGAUGAGUGAUCAGAAGGACGAAGAGGAGUAUAGCCAUAGUAGUAAUAGAAGUGAGGAUGAAGAUGAGGAAAGAACUAUAGAUAAUGAGAUUAAUAGGUCUCCUAAUAAAUCUUAUAAAUUAGGAAAUAUUAUAGGGAAUGGUAGUUUUGGUGUUGUAUAUGAGGCUAUAUGUAUAGAUACGUCAGAACAAGUUGCGAUAAAAAAGGUUUUACAAGAUCCACAAUAUAAAAAUAGAGAAUUAAUGAUUAUGAAAAAUUUAAAUCAUAUAAAUAUAAUAUAUUUAAAAGAUUAUUAUUAUACUGAAUCUUUUAAAAAAAAUGAGAAAAAUAUAUUUCUAAAUGUAGUUAUGGAAUAUAUACCCCAGACUGUACAUAAAUAUAUGAAAUAUUAUUCUAGAAAUAAUCAAGCCUUGCCAAUGUUUCUAGUGAAAUUAUAUUCAUAUCAACUAUGCAGGGCUCUAUCAUAUAUUCAUUCAAAAUUUAUUUGUCAUAGAGAUCUUAAACCUCAAAACUUAUUAAUAGAUCCUAGAACACAUACACUUAAAUUAUGUGAUUUUGGUAGUGCCAAAAAUCUAUUAGCUGGGCAAAGAAGUGUCUCAUAUAUUUGUUCAAGGUUUUAUCGAGCACCUGAACUUAUGUUGGGCUCAACAAAUUACACAACACAUAUAGAUUUAUGGUCCCUAGGUUGUAUCAUAGCAGAAAUGAUAUUGGGAUAUCCAAUUUUUUCGGGACAGUCAAGUGUGGAUCAGCUAGUUAGAAUAAUUCAGGUGUUAGGUACCCCUACGGAAGAUCAGCUGAAAGAAAUGAACCCUAAUUAUGCAGAUAUCAAAUUUCCUGACGUUAAAUCAAAAGAUCUAAGAAAGGUCUUUCCAAAGGGUACACCAGAUGAGGCCAUUAAUUUAAUUACGCAAUUUUUAAAAUAUGAACCAUUGAAAAGAUUAAAUCCAAUCGAAGCAUUGGCUGACCCCUUUUUUGAUGAACUACGAGAUCCAUGCAUAAAGCUACCUAAAUAUAUAGAUAAGCUACCAGAGCUGUUCAACUUUUGUAAAGAAGAAAUACAAGAAAUGUCCAUGGAAUGUAGAAGGAAGAUAAUACCAAAAAAUGUGUAUGAGGAAUUUUUGAUGGUAGAUGAAAAUGAUAAUAAUAUAAUUAAUGAUACCAUAAGCAACGAUUUUAAUGAGUCUAAUUUAGACACAAAUAAUUCAAAUAAUAAAACGCACGUUAUCAUAGAAAGUUAA